AUGCCCGGACAGGAGAGCGAGGAGGCAUCCAAGAAGCGAGCUCCAGAAGCAGACGAUGAAGACGACGAUGCAGACAUUGGACCUAUGCCCGCGGCGGCCGUGGAAGAAGAGCCUACCAGGAAGCGUAAAAAGCAAAAGACUCUGGAACACGAAUCACUAUAUCUCGCAAAUCUCCCACUCAUCACAAUGUAUGAAAAGAGUCUGAUGCAUCGUGACAUUGUCAAUUUCGUAGAAGUCACAAAGACAGACUUUAUAAUCACCACCUCGAUCGACGGUCACAUCAAAUUCUGGAAAAAGACGGAACGCGGUAUCGAAUUCGUAAAGCAUUAUCGUGCUCAUCUGGGUGCUGUCGUUGCUAUUGCUGUUAGUGAUGAUGGAAGCUUGUUGGCUACUGCGGGGGCUGACAAGGCUCUAAAGAUAUUCGACAUAAUCAACUUUGAUAUGAUCAACUUGAUCAAGCUAUCCUUUCUCCCAAAAGCCAUUUGUUGGAUUUUUCGUAAAGGAGAAGCUCAGGCUUGGCUAGCAUGUACCGAUCGAGAUUCUUCUGCCAUUCACAUAUUCGACGGUAGAGGCGACGCUACGCCAUCUCAUACCAUAUCGAAUCUACAUAAUCAUCCAGUAACAAUCGUAAAGUAUAAUGCUAGCGCCGAAGUGGUUUUGUCUGUAGACGAUCAAGGAUAUGUCGAGUAUUGGGAGCCUGAUCCUUCUCAGGAGUUUCCACAACCUCUGCCACCCAAAGUCACUUGGGAGUUUAAAUCUGAUACGGACUUAUAUGAAUUCAAGAAGCUCCAGACAGUACCAUCAUCACUAAACUUUUCCAAAGACUAUUCCAAGUUUGUCACAUUCGGAUUUGGUGAUCGGAUUGUCCGAAUAUUCAAUUUCGCUACUGGAAAGAUCAUCAAAAAGUAUGACGAGUCGCUAGACGCUAUAUCUGAAAUGCAGCAGAAGGCUACAGCAAAGGAUAAGCUGGAUGAUAUGGAGUUUGGUAGAAGAUUAGCAUUAGAACGUGAGAUUGAAAAGACACCAGGUGGUCAAGCCUCAACGGUCAACGCAGUAUUUGAUGAGUCUGGUCAUUUCCUGCUCUAUCCAACACUAUUUGGAAUCAAAGUCAUCAACAUCACAACCAAUCGAGUUGUAAAAGUAAUAGGACGUGGAGAAACCCAACGAUUCAUGAACCUAGCUCUAUAUCAAGGUGCACCACGUAAAAAGACAUUAAUCACAAUGGCCAUGGCAGCAUCCGACAAUCCAGCCCUCCAAAACGCCGAAUUAUCCGACCCAACACUAUUUUGUACAGCUUAUAAACGAAACCGAUUCUAUUUAUUCACUCAACGAGACCCUAAUGAAGCUCAAGAACAGGGAACUGCAGGUGGCGGACGAGAUAUAUUCAAUGAGAAGCCAUCAAGAGAAGAAAUGACUGUUGCUUCUGCUUCAGCCAUGAGUUUGAAACAAGCUCUUGGGUCGACUGCUAUUAUUCAUACUACUAUGGGUGAUAUUCAUAUAAGAUUCUUUCCUGAAUAUGCACCGAAAGCGGUAGAGAAUUUUGUCGGGUUGGCUAAAAAAGGGUAUUAUAAUAAUUUGAUUUUUCAUCGAGUCAUUAAAGGGUUUAUGCUGCAGACGGGUUGUCCAUUUGGUGAUGGGACUGGUGGUGAUUCGUUGUGGGGAUCUGAUUUUGAGGAUGAAUUCCAUAAGGCAAUCAAACAUGAUCGUCCAUACACUGUAUCCAUGGCAAAUGCUGGGCCUGGAACCAAUGCAUCACAAUUCUUCAUUACUACUGCACCAACACCUUGGUUGGAUAACAAGCACACCAUCUUUGGUCGUGCUACUGCUGGCAUGGACGUGAUUCAUCUGAUUGAAAAUGUCAAGGUGGACAAGAAUGAUAAGCCAUGGCAGGAUGUCAAGGUUUUGUCUAUCGAAGUCCGAUAA